GUGGCCCUGUGCGACAGGUCGCGCAACCCGCAGGCGCGCGUCGUGGCCAUGUUUGACAUGACAGGCGGCUCGAUGGCCAACAUGGACGUAGCCGGCAUGAAGACGAUCCUGGGGCUGCUGUCGGUGCACUACGUGGAGCGCCUCUCCGCCUUCUACUUUUACAACCCGCCGCGCGUGUUCUGGGGGCUGUGGGGCGCGAGCAAGCACCUGCUGCCGGAGGUGGGGGGGCGGCGCGGCGGCUGGGGGGUCGCGGCCCGCGGCGGCGAGGUGACGCGCAACAAGAUCAAGGUCAUAGAUCCGGCUGACCUGGCAGAGCUGCAGGCGGCGGUGCCCGAGGACGUACUGCCGGUGGAGUAUGGUGGCAAGGCCGAGCUGCGGCCAGUCGACGCGGCCAUCCGCCACUUUGGCCUGCCCCCCCACGACGCGCCGGCUGGCGCGGCCGCCGACGCCGCCGCCGCCAAGCUGGCGGCCGUGAAGAUCACCGGCGGCGGCAGCGAGGGCGGGGACAGCGCCGACGCGGCGCUCGUGGUGGUGGACGAGGUCGAAGCUGCGGGCGGGAAGGCGGGAGCAGUCGCAGCCGCGGUCGCGCCCGCGCCGGGGGCGGCCGCCGAGGCGGCGGCGGCGUGA